UUUGUUUCAGAUUCAGAGCACAGCCUGAGACCUCCUUGGCACUCUAGAAGAUAAGUAGGGCGACUGAGUCCUCUCUGUGCUGGUCUCGUGAAUGCUGCUGUCACCUCUACCUCAUCCCUUACCCAUCCCCCACGAAACACUGGUUGAGCCGACUCGAGAGCCUAUAAAUGUAGCUCUUCCUUCUUCUCCAUUUGUGUUUAGGAUCUCUUUGACCACCGUUGGUGUUUUAGCGGUUAACAAGGCAUGAAGAGAUUGUUGGCUGAAGAGGAAGGAGGAGAAAUGGAGAGCAUCAAAAACAUGGCUCGCGCACUGAUGCUUCGGUCUCACGGCGACGCCGACGUGUCGUCGGGGUCGCCGCCGGCCCGUGUCUUCGAGUGCAAGACGUGCAGCCGGCAGUUCCCGUCGUUCCAGGCGUUGGGAGGUCACCGGGCGAGCCACAAGAAGCCGAGGCUCGCCGAGGACGGCCGCGGCCAUGGCGAGGCCGCCAAGCCGAGGGUGCACGAGUGCGCCAUCUGCGGGCUCGAGUUCGCCAUCGGCCAGGCCUUAGGAGGUCACAUGCGGCGCCACCGAGCCGCCACCGACGCCUUCGCGCAGGGAAGUCCGGAGAGGAAGGCGGGCGAGGAGAAGAAGAGGGUCAUAAGGAUCUUUGGGUUCGAGCUUGUGGAUUCGACUCCCAGUGGUGGCGGUGGAUUGCUUCCAUUGAUGGAUACCAUCACCUUUUGAUCCUUAUUUAGAUAUACAUAAUCUGAUUUUAUUUAUAUACUGUACACACAAAAUCGUGAAAAUUGAUUGGGUUGUAAAGAAAUUAUCUUUGGGCCAAAAAUUUUAAUUUUGUGUUAUAUGAUUCCAGCUGAGAAUUUCUAGCUA